AUGAGGAACUCUGCCCCAAGCCUCCUCCCCCCUCCUCACGUCCGGAUGGGCAAGAUCCAGCUGGCGCUGAAGCCUAUCCCACCGGCGCAGCUCCCCGUCGCCAUUGCGCUGCUCCUUCCCCGCGUGUCUCCAGUUCCCCUCGCUGCUCGGAUUGGUGUGCCGUGGUGCCGCCACCCAGUAAUGCUUGAGCACAACACCAGCCGUCGCCGCGGUCACUUCGUCCCUGAACUGCCAUGCGCCGCCUGCGGCCUCGCUUCUUCCCCUGUCUUCUGCCCGGGCGAACCCCUUUUUCUCCUCCCAGGCACAGCUGCAACCUCCUUCUCAGUCCAAAUUGAGCGCUGUUUGUCGUACAAGUUGAAUCCCGGCUACAGUCUUCGCCAAAGAAGCCAUCAUCCCUGUUCUGAACUACCAACAGCCUCUGCUAAUGUGCACAAAAUUCAAGGUUUGCCCGAUGUUUGCUCUGUUUCUGAAUUCGAGUAUGAUUAG